AUAUUUGGUCUAAUGUCCAGACUCUGACUAGAGACGGUCAUAUCGAUUGUGUGUGUGGGGCGGCCGGCAUGGGUGAAGGCCGUCGAAUACCACAUAAUUCUCGUAACGGCUCUUCGCGAGGCUCAAAGCUGUCUGGAUAGAUCGAACAAUGAACACAAUCGGGAGAUGAUGCCGGGCACAUCUCGCCAGCUGGAAACAUCUAACGGUAAUUCUGAGUGGGAGAAUUUAAUGGAGGUCCAUCAUGAGCCGAUUGAAAAAAACUAUCAACUCCUUGAAGAAAUUGGCAAGGGUCAAUUUGCUAUUGUACGAAAAUGCAAGGAAAUAAAAACUGGUUCACUGUAUGCUGCAAAAAUAAUGAGAAAGAGGCGGGUUGCCAGAGGUGUGGCUGCUGCAGAUAUAGCAAGAGAAGCUGGUCUUUUGGCUCGAUUAAGGCACCCUAAUAUUGUUUCUUUGUACAAAGUAAUAGACACUGGAACAACAGUAGUAUUGCUACUGGAAUUGAUUACUGGAGGGGAAUUAUUUCACUGGACUCCAUCUGGUGAAGUAGAAGCUGCUCAUGUGGUGCGUCAAGUUUUAAUGGCACUCAGUCAUUUACACUCCCAUCAAGUUGCUCAUCUGGAUAUUAAACCUGAGAAUAUUCUACUGUCAACACCACCACCGAUGCCUAACAUUAAAUUGAUAGAUUUGGGUCUGUCGCAUCGACUGGUACCUGGUUCAGAACAUAGAGCAUUAUUUGGUACACCAGAGUUUGUAGCGCCAGAAAUUGUGAAUUAUGAGCCACUUUGUCUAGGAACUGAUCUUUGGGCCGUUGGUGUGUUGACAUAUAUUCUGUUGAGUGGAGCUUCGCCAUUUUUGGGCGAGGACAAGCAAGAGACAUAUGCAAACGUUGCCGCUUGCCAGUACCAAUUUGACAAUGAAUAUUUCAAUAAUGUGUCCGAGAUUGCCAAAGACUUUAUACGAUCCUUGUUGAUCAAGGAUCCGAAGGAGAGAGGAAAUGCUGAAUCGUGCCUUAAACAUCCUUGGAUUCUCACGGAAUCUGAAGCUCCUCAGGGUCUCGGCGGAGCGAUGAUUAGUGCUGUGAAACGAGGCUGUGUUGAGGCUGUCUCUCAGUUGCUGUUGCAGGGUGCUCCAUUGAACGUGAAAGACUCUAAAGAAGAUACUCUUUUGCAUAUCGCCUGCGAGGCCGGUGACGAGGGAAUGACGACUCUCCUAAUAGAAAGCGGGAUUGAUCUGGACACACCGAACAAACAAGGUCUCACGGCAUUACACGUGGCUGCUCGAUACGGGCAUAUUAAUCUGGUCAGACAUUUGUGCCUUGCUGGUUGCGACGUCGACAAAACGAAUCGGGGGAUUCGAGCGGACGUCACUGCGAUUAAGUACGGAUAUCCGGAUAUUGCAAAUUUAUUAGAUAAAUUGCGAAACCCGAAUCAGCGCGAAAAUUACAUACGUCAGCUGCAACCGACACACAGACCAAUAGACAGGCUACACAUAAGACUGCUCGGACAUUGCGCCUCCGGAAAAUCAUCAUUAAUUAGUUCUUUAAAAUCUGGAAUAUUUAGUUUUGGAUUCUUUCGAAGAUCGAGAAGUCAGAAUUAUAGUGCGAAGAGAGAACCAAGUAUCGAACUCGACGUGACGAGUAAGCACGGUUCUCUCAGUUUUGAGUACAGCGAUAACGAGUACGAAGGUACUCAAGGAGUAGAAUGGAGUCGCGGUAAUGUAGGUGGCGAGUGCGUCUUUUGGGAGUUGUGCGGACGCGAAGAGUUUUUGGCGUCUUAUCACUAUGUACUUACGUUCCAGCAACCAGCAGUGCAUCUUAUUACAGUCAGCUUGAGAGAGCCGCUGACCGUUCAACUUCAGCAGAUAAAAUUCUGGCUGCAAUUUAUUCUGGACCGUAUCAAUCCGAGUAACGUUGGAUUUGGUGGCAAGUGUAAUGACGUGAAAGUAAUUUUAGUCGGCACUUAUGCGCCGGAGCCCUUAGCCCCGAAUUCUAACGGCGGCAAUCUACUUGCACCACUUUUGCCAUUUUUGAAAGACUUUACGUCAAUUUUGGGAGAGGAACCUCAAAUGGUAGCACUGGACGCAACUAAUCCUUCUAGUCCUGGCCUCAAACUUCUCAGAUCUUACUUAAAUAAUGCAAGAAUGGAAUUCCUCGAGGAUGGACCGGAAGUUGCAGAAAGUAUUCUCCGACGUGACGCGCCGCGUGCUGCGGCUACGUACGUGCCCCUGGCGAAUCUUGAUAAACAGAGCGCCUUAGUGUGGACCGGUCUCGCCGAAGCAUGGAGAUCGUACGUGCAGUCGCUGGAAGUUCCUCCGCUAAUGCUCACUCAGGAGGAAUUUUUGAAUGAGGUUCGAAAGAUCAAUCCUCUAGUUUGCUUGGAACAUUGCAGGCAUCUAGGAUUACAAUUGCAGAAUUUGGGAGAGUGCAUUCUUCUGCCUGGAAACCUAAUAGUACUAAGUCCCGAAUGGUUCUGGCAAGACGUACUAAACUGGCAAUUGAGCCCCGAUCAGAGAGGACGACUGGGCGGUCGAACUACUGGUGUUUACACCAUAGAAGAUUUUCAGGCGCGAUGCCCUUGUCCCGCCGCCCAAGCUCUACAAGCUCUACAGGCGGUCAAUUUGUGUGUUCCGUGCGAAGUGGAUGACGACGAAGUGGAAUACGAGAUACCGUGCUUAAACCUCGUGGAGCGUCUUCCUGGUUUGUGGGAACCAUGGAAACCGUGUUCCAACGCGUCACCUCAUGCUGGUUUACGCCUUUGUCCGGAAGAAGCGCCUUUGUAUCACUUGACAGCGAUAUUUACGCAUUUGCAGGCGCAACUGAGAAAAAUCACUCAAACAUGGGACCCAACAAAUUCAGACUUGUACCAAUGGUGGCGAGGAUCGAAGCUGUGUCUUGGACCCUGCGAGAGCAUAAUCACCUUCGAGGAGGAGGAGCACAGCUGUGUGGAGAUUCAAGUUCGUGGACCACGCGCUUCUAGUGCGCAGUGCUUCGCUCUUCUCAGCGUGAUUCUGGACGCGAUGGACACAACCAUCGAAUUAGUUGCGCCCGGAAUGUUGCUCGAGAGGCAUUGGCUGAGUCCUAGCCAGCUUCGAGAAUACGAUGAGGUGAUUCACUCUUGGGCACCCGCCACCGUUAUAUCGGCUUUGAUCGACAAAGGCCUCGAGGAGGCGACCCUUAAGAAUCCCUUAAACGACCGUCAAGAAACCGUGUGGGAAAUAGUGGGCUGCGGGCUGCCGUUAAUGGAAAAUUGCGUUCCCGGACCGAAGCAGCCUGUGAAGUACAUAAAGCCCGCCGUGCAACGGCGACUCGCGCAAAUGCUGGAUCCGCCUGAUCAUCACGGAAGAGACUGGUGCUUGCUCGCCGUGAGACUCGGCUUGGGAGACCGCGUCGCCCAAUUAGACAGCACAGUGGACAGUCCGACGUUAAGGCUGCUGAACUGCGCGGGUGCGGAAUGCACCGUCGGUUCUUUGGUGCAACAAUUGCGAGCACUCGAUCGCGAAGACGCCGUGCAUCUACUGCUCACGUAUACACCAACUUACGUGAUGCUGAUGUCUGUCGAUUCCGAGACAGGGUCUAACCUUUCCAGAUGACGAUGUUGCUCUUAUCAAUGGCGCAUUAACACUUUCUAGGUCUUUUUUCCCGAAAUGUCGCGCGUUUGAUGAAUUCGUAGCAUCGUCUUUCUAUUUCCGCCCAAUGUAAAUCAUACGUUAAUUUGUUAAAUAUGUGUAUAUUUAACUUAACUUUAGCGAUCGAUCGCGUUGCACUUCGAGUGAUAUAAGAGGAAUCUAUGAUCCAUUUGUUGCGAACUGUUUUAUAUAAUAAUCGUUCUUUUUCUCUAAUUUUUUUAUUUUGUACUUACUGAUCCGUGAGGCAUUUGUUAAACCGCAUUUACAUAUUGAUAUUUGCGAUAUGAUUGCUAUUUGCGAUAAUCGAUUCCUUGUUACACUUUAAUUUGCAUUAAUUAAUUCCAUGCAUAUUUGCGCUGAAUACCUUUUAUUUCUUGAUAGUUGCGCUAAUAUUAUGAUAGCAUAUUGUUGUGCAAUUUGCGUUUAUCUCGUUCUAUGAAGCUGUUGUGCCACGAAAGUGAUGCAUUUACAUAUUAUAACGCGAUAUGAUCGUAUUUGAUAUCGAUAUUGUUUCGAGCGCUUUUCUUGAUACGCUAAUAUGAUCUUGAUAUAUGAUAUACAUGUAUUACAUCUUGCCAAAACUCUAUGUCAAUAUGCACUGCUUUUUCAAUACUUCGGAAUAUUUACGAAGCAUAUAUGUAUAUAUACGCAAAAGGAAUGAAAACAACCAUUCGCACAGUCUUCAGUCUUUUGAAUAUAUCGUCUGUGUUUCGAUGGUUGAGUGCAUAUUUGUACUGGAUUAUACUCUCGACAUCUUUACCGUGUGUCAUCUGCAAAAACUGUCAGAGCACUCAUAUACGAUAUUCAAAAGAAAGAAAAAAAAGAAACGAAGAUUCAACAGUCGUAAAUUAAUUCUUCUGAAAUAUGACUGAACUGCAUUACUUUUUAUUGUCAGCAGCAUUUACAAUUAUGAAAGUCUGCUUAUAGAUCCAUAUUUAUAAGUCGAUUAAAAAAUCGAUUUUACACAAUAACUCAUAUAACAGUUAAGAAGUGUUUACGAUUAAUGGUAAAAUCAUUCACAUCGAAUCAUCCGUAGAAUUUCAUUCGCGUAGCUUUCUUUCUCGUGCAAGAUCUCAUUGCAGGAUCUCACAGUAGCUUACACGAAGAAGUUAUGUGUUAUACUCAGAGACUGUUGUAAGAAUAAAUUGGUGAAAUUAUUAAAUAUAUCUUUCGCUAGA